AUGGGAAAACCACGACUUAUCAUCAUUAUUCGCCAUGCACAAAGUGAAGGCAAUCGAGAUAAGACCAUACAUCAGGCUACACCGGACCACAAAGUAAGUUUGACGCCGGAAGGAGAGGAUCAAGCACGACAGGCUGGCGAGAAGUUAAGGUCAUUGCUACGAGAAGAUGAUUCUCUCCAUUUCUUCAUAUCUCCGUACAAAAGAACUAGGCAGACCACAGAGGGCAUUCUCUCGACUUUGUGUUCAAACGAUCCUGCGCCCUCGCCCUUUCAGCGACAUCAUAUCAAGGUCUACGAGGAGCCCAGAAUAAGAGAGCAGGACUUUGGUAAUUUUCAACCAGGUACAGAUGAGGUUGAACGGCUUUGGCGAGAACGUGCUUCCUAUGGUCAUUUUUUCUAUCGCAUACCGAACGGUGAAAGUGGAGCUGAUGUCUAUGACCGUGUGUCUUCGUUCAAUGGCUCAUUGUGGAGGAGAUUCAGCGAGGACCAGAUGGCAAGCGUAGCUGUUCUUGUCACACACGGCCUCUGCAGUCGGGUAUUCCUAAUGGCCUGGUACCACUACAGCGUUGAGUUUUUCGAGGACUUACGGAAUAUCAACCACUGCGAAUUCCUUGUUAUGAAGUUGGGCAACAACGGCAAGUACGUUCUACAGAAUCAACUUCGCCGUUGGUCAGAUCUCAGACGAGAGCGUGCUGCCCAACGCAAAAGCGUUUCUGCUUCUUCACCCCCACAGCACAUUCCUGUUCACAGAUGGCAUAACCACGCUACGGAUAACACUCGAAGCGUGAAACCACCCAAACGCCAGAACACUGCCGACCUUUUCAAGGACGACGAUGAGACGAGCAAGACAGAAGGGCAAAUGCCGCAGCAGAAUUCCUCGCCCAGGAACGAAAGCCAACAGGAUCCUGUGGUAUCCCCAACAGAGUAUCAACAACGUGACAAGAAUAGCCAGCAGUUGUCACAAACAAAUCAAAGUCUAUUGACGCAGAGCCUCCAAGAGCUCAAGCUCACAAAUUCACCUAGAUUCUCAAGGUCGCAGACGAAAGCGUACCUCGGUCGAGACGGAGGAGGCUCAAGGUCCGGCGCGGCUUCUCCAUUUGAGAUGUCUGACGAAGAAUCUAACGAAGAUACUUCUGCCGCUCCUGCUAAGAACACUGAACCACAAGAAGAGAAGUUGGACGCGAUCGACGUCCCGACCCCCAAACAACCAUCGUCCAUGGCGAGAGCCCUGCGUGGAGAACUCAUGGACGAGCCUGGUCGCGUACUAGCUGAUGCGCUUGGCGAUCAUAGUGAACCAGAGAUUGAACGGGUCGACGUAGAAUUAGGCACUAGAGAUCGUGAGCGUAGUGAAAUAGCGCGGAUAGUGGCAGAGGAAGUUAGGGAGAGGAGUCAUCACUCUGACUUGUACUAG